CAUCACAUCCCAAUGAAAAUUUCAAGUGAGCUGUGAAAAUUAUAAAAAAAAGAAAAAAAUGUUAAAUAAACAAAAAAAAAUGCACUUUUCAGAAAAUAAUCUAGGAUUGUCUGAGGCGUAUCUGGGAUUCUUUGCUGAUAGUAAUAGUGUUCAAUGGUACCGUGGAAUGUCCCAAGUCCAGACCGGAGCCUGCGACCGGCUCCUUCACGCUCUGCGGGACGACAUGGAGCAGGAGUCCACUUACCGUGUGCGUCGCUGCAUCACCCAGCUGGGACUGCAUCCUCUGGUCAAGUCCUCCCAUAUCAGGGCCAUUAUGACGAUCAGCCAAGGGAAUGACCUGGCCUUCCUGUGGUUUCUAUGGGAGUCGGCUUACAAGAAGCCACGCACAGACCAUGACCCGGAAACGCCGCCCUACUCGGUCAACGAGCAACUGCUUCUAUCGGGGAUAGCCUACCUGGACAUGCCGGCCACCCUCCGGGCCCUGGACUCGCUGCUUCCGCCACCCUCCCAUUCAACAAAGUUCGUGCAAAAAACUGAAGCGCGGAAGACCUCGAUCAAGGUCCGCCAGCCUAAGAAAAGGGAGUACGCCUCUCCCUACUUCGCCCCACAGGUGAAGCCCCGCCAGUAUAUACCGCGGGGAAACAAUCGACCCUUCUUGCGCAAGUUGCGGUUUCCGGAGUACAAGAAGUAUUUGGAUGGGUCGGAGAGAGUCCCCAAUGAGAACCGCUGGUUCGCCCAAUACCAGUUGUGCCCCGCCAAGAGGAUAAUCAAAAAACUGCUCGAAGAUGAGCUCAAUAGGCUGACCCUUGAUCCCGUCUUGAUCGCCAGUGACGGUCAGAAGCAGAGCCCUCUGUGCGAAACCCAUCAGUUCCUUGAGGAGGUCGUCAAUGCGGAGCGCCAGAAGAAUGUCCACAAGGUCCUGCAGCGCUGUCUCUCCCAGCUGGAUAUUCCGGGGGCGCAGCUGAAGGCUCGUCGGAAGCGCAUUGUAAAGCAAAUGGAGGAGGAUAUGGACUAUGCUGCAGACAGGAUCCGCGGAAACUCUAUGAGAUUACAUUCCCAUGUGAAGACUUUUCGUGAAUUUAAUGAGGAGUGUCUUAUGUGCAAUCACGAUGUCAGUGUGCCAACCGGGAAGAUCAACAAAAAGGCAAAUCUCUCAAUGCUAUUGGGUCUCGGACACGAAGCGGUCCCCAAGGUCCAUACUUAUCCCAUGAUGACGGAUGACCUUCUCAAAGUAAUGCUCAUCAACAACGAUAAGGACCUGGCUAAGACUGGAGACUGUAAGCUCAUCCGUGGAGAUUGUGUCGGUGUGGUACCCAGAACGAUGGAUAUCGAUCAAGAUUUGCUGAAGAUAAGAUCCCGAAGCACCUCAAAGUCCCGUAAUAAAGGAAAGAGUAGGUCUAGAUCUAGGUCUAAGUCAAGGUCAAGGUCUAGGUCUAAAAAGAAAAAAAAGCCCAAAAGAAAGAAAUCCAAAGGUCGUCGCAAGAAGAAGGAUGUCGGCCAAGGGAUAAGUGGAUUUGAAACGCCGGCCAAUACCCUUCUCGAUGAGGGAAUGCCCAUAAAAGAAGAUCACUUUCCCAAACUAGCCGACCUCAUACCCUAUUGCAGUAAGACGUUGAUGUGCGUGAAGCGGAAAAAAGUACAAGAUCCGGAUGAGGAGACUUUCGUGACCCGGAACCAGAUCCGGGGAGAGCUUGAGUUUGAUUACGAAAAAAUUUUUAAAGUACCAGGCAUUCCGGAGCAACACCUACCUUGGGAGGACGAGCUGCCCGAUCUGGAGGACAAGCAGCCCCUGAUUGAAAACUGUUGCAUUUCCGCCUUGAACGAAGGCAAGAUCCAGUUGGGGAAGGAGAGUAACCGGGACGGAAGCCUUCCGCCAGUUUUGAGGGCAGCCGCCAAUUGUGCCGUGAACACGUUCCGCGAGUACCUCGACGAGGUGCACCGGGGGACGCGAGCGUCCCCUCAAGGAGACACCCCUGUUGAGCUCAUCGAUCCGAACAACAAGCAGCAAAUCGAGAAGCUAUUGAAAGUCGCCCUGGAAGAGCUCUCGCACAAUCCCCACUACGUUCUGGCCUCGUUCCCCAAUGCCCACAAACUGCCAAUGCUGCUCGACUGGGUGGCAGAUCGAUAUGGCAAGACCUUCUCGCGGGAGGAGAUGCAUGCCCUGGUGAAGGCGGCAUUCCGUAUCUACGAGAGCAUCUACCAGGGCGAGGAGCGAAACCAGCAGAACGCUCUGAAGUUAAAGAAGGAAAUGAUGGUCCUGAGCAGCUCGGGCUAUGUCACCUAUCACCGUUUCCACGAAUUCGUAUGCCAGGCCAAGCGCAUGAAGGCCGAAUAUCAUGGAAAGCUAAACCAGUUGGCUUUGGAGCAAUCCCGCCUCACCUGGCUGGCUCUGCGCGGCUACUCCCACCUGGGCGGUCACAUCAAGGACACCUUCUUUGCCUACAUGCCCGCCAGGAUGCACGAUCUGAAGCGCCAGCACGUUUGGAGAUCAUCUGAUUACCGCGACAUGGUCCAACACAGGGUAACAUCACAGAGGAGGCGAGCUGCUUGAGAUGGAGACGUUGAAUUUCAGAAUUGGAGAACAGAACACAGCAUUGUGAUCUGUCUUUAAUCCUGCCAUUCGGAUGCUCCAUUAUCUUGUGUGUUUUGUUCCGAAAGGGCAUCAGAUCAGAUUUUCAGCCUGCUUUGCGGCUGGGGCGGGGGAGGUCCUUUUGGGAAAAACAUUCAAUCGAAUGGGGAAACAUUCGCCAUUCGAGGGCAACUACUUAUGUAAACCAAACAAUGUAUAAUCCCAAUUAAAAAUGCUGAUGCCCAACUAAAA